AGACAAAUCGUUUCCUUAAUAAUGGAACCACAAAAGUUCUCUGAUAUUGAAACCGCACCAUUGUUGUUUCUCUGAUCCGUAAGCUUCUCAUUUAAUCUCUCCGUCGUUGAUCUGCUUCCUACUUGUUCAAAGUUUGAAAGAUCAAAAGAAGCAUGAGUAUUGAGUUUUCUGAGUCAGAAUGCAGAAACUUUUACCAUUGUCGCACUUCAGGCAUAAUCAAUAUUCAAGAAUCCGAACUGAGCAAUGUGACUGGCUCAUCAGUCAAUUCAAUGCCGGUUAGUCCCCGACCAGUUCAAGCUCUUGGAUAUGAUUCUGCUGUUAAUGUUUCAACCUCAACAACAUCAUCUCCAGUUCACAUUUCUUCACCAUUCGGAUUUGCUCCUGAUGUUAGUUCUGCUCCAACGCAAGCUCCUGGUCCAACCACUUCCGGUUUCUGUGCAUCUUCUGCUCUCACACCACCUAAAUUCGGGUCAGUGCAAGCUCCUGUCCAAGCUACUUUUGGUUCUGGUGCGCCUAGCACUUCAACAUCCUUAAGCUUCCUCCCAUUGGUUAUGUCCCAGCACCUCCACGUUCUUCACCGUUUGAGCCAGCGCAAGAUAUGCCUUGGGGUAUUAAUUCAUUUUCUACAGGAUGCGGUAUUGAAUGGGUCAGAUCUGAUGUUGGUGUCUGGCCAGCAUCUUCUUCCUCUACUACUACUACAGUAG